UGACCAGUCAACUUUCACCUUGGAGAGACCGUCAUCGGAUUUCCCCUUAGCAACCAGACAGUCGCGUUAUGCUCCCUUAGCAACCGGGCAAACUUCUUUGAGGCUGAAACGAGACGGAGGUUAGAGCUCCGGAAGGAGUUCUAAGCAUCAGUUCUCUGCUCUCUCCACAAUCAAGUCUGCUACAGGUCACAGGGUAACUAAGAUUAGAAGAUGAUUCGGUUAUAUGAUACUAUAGAGCCAAAUGUGAUCAAUGAAGAGUUGCUUAAAUUGGCUGUGGAAGAACAGGGCCCUCAGGAAGCAGCAGGACAAGUAGCCAAACAGGAGGGCAUUAAUUUCAAAGAUGUUAAAAGUCUGCAACUAGAUUUUCAAAACAUCCUCAGGAUUGACAAUCUAUGGCAGUUUGAGAGCCUGACAAAAUUACAGCUAGACAACAAUAUCAUUGAGAAGAUAGAUGGAUUAGAAAGCCUAGUUAACCUGAUCUGGCUUGAUUUAUCUUUCAACAACAUUGAGUCAAUUGAGGGCCUAGAUACCCUGGUUAACUUAGAAGAUCUGAGCUUAUUCAGCAACCGCAUUUCCAAGAUGGAUGCUAUGGACUCAUUAGUAAAGCUUCAGGUCUUUUCCAUAGGAAACAACAUGAUUGAUAACCUCCUUAACAUCAUCUAUCUGAGGAGAUUUACAUAUUUACGUUCACAACUUGCUGGGAACCCCAUCUGUGAGGAGGAAGAUUAUAAAUUGUUUGUUACUGCCUAUCUUCCUGAUCUAGUGUACCUGGACUUCAGGCUUAUUGAUGCACACACGAGAGAACUCGGUGAUGCAAAAUAUCAGUACAGUAUUUAUGAACUGAAGCAUCGGGAGAAUCUGAUCCAGAGCAAACUUGAAGAGGAGCAGGCAAAUAUAGCAGAGAUGGAAAAACAUAAGGCUGCUUAUGUUGAAUACCUGAAUGGUCCUUAUCUGUUUGACAGCCUUUAUUCAGAGGAUGUUGAAGCUGCCAAGCUAGCCCAUUUGCCAGGAGUUCCGGAGCUACUGGAGAACUACAAAAACAAAUUUGUUGCAAUUUGCCAGAACAUAUUUGACUAUGGCUUGAUACAACAAGAGAAGAGAAAAGCAGAAGUGGACAUUUUCUACGAGUGUCUUGGAGAGGCCCUUCACGACAAUCGAGAGCAAGGGUUGAAAACAAUCAGUGAUUUUGAAAAGAUACAUUUCGAGCUUUUACAGUCCAUUCGAAAUGCAAGUGACAUACAACAUGUGGAUACUAAAAUGACUGAAUGUGCUGAAGAAAUCAGUCGGUUUUGUUUUGAUGUACUAAUGACUUUAGAAAUGCAGUUGGUUGGGAGGAUGGAGGAAUCUAUAAAUAACUUUGAAAGGAACAUUAUAGACAUAGUGGGAGUAUUUGUGGAAAAUGUACAAGGUACAAUGGCCCAGUGCCGUGAUCUAGAAAACCAUCACCAUGAGAAACUUCUGGAGAUCUCCAUAAACACCCUGGAGAAAAUUGUCAAGAGUGAAUUUGAUGAGGACCUGCCAGAUGAUUAGGAAAUUAGGUCUCUUUUUUCUGACAAAGAUACAGUUGUUAAUGCAGUUGGAGCAUCACAUGACAUCCACCUUCUGAAGAUAGACAAUAGAGAAGAUGAUUUAAUAACUAAUGUCACCAACUGGUGUUCAGCCUUAGUAGAUAAGGUUCAUAAUGAUGAACUCGAUAGGAACCGAAAGCGAGUGAAGGAAAUCAAUCAAUAUAUUGACCAUUUGCAGAAUGAACUGGACAACUUGGAUUUUGGUGACCUUAUGGAUUAGGAACUACAAAAUUCUCCUUCAAGAGGGAAAAAUCUGUGUCCUGUGCUUCCUUUUGAAAAUAAUUUGAAGAAAAAUCCUAGCAUGGAAAUACUCAUACCACAUUACCCUGGAAAAAGAUUAAGGGAAAAAAAGCAGCUCAUAAUAAUUUGCACAGACUCUCUUAACUAAUAAGGAAAAACAAGUAGGUGGAAUCUUGAGAUCUACCAGCCAACCAUCACACAACCUCUAGAAAAUGUAAUACGUAGCAAAAGAAGUUAUUUGUUUAGUUUUAAGAGCA